AUGUAUAAUAAUAAAGAGCACAAACCGACCAAACAAAAUCAAUUGUCAAUAAGCAGCAAGAAGAAGAAACAAGAUCAAAUAUUAUUGGAUAGUGGUGAGAAAGUGAAACAAGAUCAAAUAUUGUUAGUUAAUAAUAAUGGUGAGAAGAAAAAGCAAGAUCAAAUAUUGUUAGUUAAUAAUAAUGGUGAGAAGAAAAAGCAAGAUCAAAUAUUAUUGUCAAACAGCGAGAAUAAGCAACAACAACAAAAAAAAAAGGAAGUGAUAGUAGAAGAAAAAAAGAUUGAUCCAAUAGUGACAAAAAUAAUUGAAAAUUUAAGAGCAAAAAAUCUAAAAGAAAUCAAAAGCACAUUAUUGAAUGAUGAAAACAAACCAGUAGUUGGGAGUGUUGAAGAUGCAUUGAAAUUUAAAAUGGAAUUUUAUAAUCAUCUAAAUUCAUUUGAAUUGGAAACACUUGACAAAUUAUUAAGAAAUCAUUUGGUGGAAACAUUAGAACCAGAUGGUCAAUUAAACAAUGUAUUAAGUAUCAUUGAAACUUAUGAUAUUGAAUCACAAAAAUCACAAAAAGAGUUUGAGAAAUUAAAAUAUUUUGAAUUGUUAAAAUCAAAAAAUUAUGAUGAAGCUUAUAAUUAUUUAUAUGAGAAAAUUAGUGAUGUUGAUAUUGAGCUGAUUAAUAAGAUGAAUGAAUUAAUUAUCAGUAAAGAUAUUGCGACUAACGAGGAAAUAAUCAGAUACAUAUUAAUGGGAUAUUUUGAAUCGCACAAGUUUGAUGAACCUUUGAAUUUAUGGAAUAAAUUAAGAGAAAUGAAGGUUAUCAAAUUAAAUAGUUUGUUGUACAGUGAAAUGAUUCGAGGAUUUUCAAUGAAGAAUCAUUUGCAACCAGUUGAAAAACUGUGGAAAGAAAUGAAAUCAGAUAAAGUUGAACCAAAUCUUCAAAUUUAUUCCAGCUUGAUGGAAAUUAAUUUUAAAUUGGGAAAAUUCGAUAAUAGUAAUCGUAGUGGUGGUAGGAGUAACUAUAACAAUCUUCGUAACAAGAAUAGAAAUAUUAUUAAUUAUAGUUUAAUGAUUAAACGUGACAUUAAAAAUAAUGAUCUUGAGAAAUUAAAUCUCACAUUGAAUGGUUACCUAUCAAAUGACAGAUUAGAUGAUGCAUUGAAAAUUUAUUCUGAUUACAAGAAAUCUGGUUUAAAGAACUUUGAUAAUUUAGAAUUUGAAAAAACAGUUAAAAAACUAGAGUUGAAAAAUCUAUAG